AGAAGCUCCCCUGUUGCCUCUUCCGACACGACACUUACAAGGGGCUGCAUGUGUUAUUUCGGAGAUUAACAACUGUAAAUGUAAAAAACAUUAAGGUUUACAACUUCAGGUCUUAAAACAUGAGCACGCUAUGGAUGGGAAACUUGGAGCCCUACAUGGACGAAAACUUCAUAACCCGAGCCUUCGGCACUAUGGGGGAGUUGGUGGUGAGUGUAAGGAUUAUACGCAACAAGAUGACCGGUAGGGGUGCAGCAGGCUACUGCUUCGUGGAGCUGACAGAUGAAGCCACCGCUGAGAGGUGUCUUCGUAAAGUCAAUGGAAAAGCACUGCCAGGAGCCACACCGCCCAGAAGAUUUAAGUUAAACAGGGCCACUUUUGGGAAGCAAGGAGAAAGCAGUCCACUCCAUUCUCUGUUUGUUGGGGAUCUCACACCUGAAGUGGAUGACGGGAUGCUCUACGAGUUCUUCUACAACCGCUACCCUUCCUGUCGUGGGGGGAAGGUGGUGCUGGAUGGCACGGGGAACUCCAAGGGUUGUGGGUUUGUCCAGUUCCCAGACCAGAGGCUUCAAAAGUUGGCGCUGGAGGAGUGUCAGGGAGCGGUGGGGCUCGGGAGCAAGCCCCUACGACUGAGCCUAGCUGCUAACAAAACUAGGCAUAAUCAAUCAGACAACAGGGCGUGGGGGUCACAUGGAGGAGGCUACAGACACAACCAGCAACAAUACAAUCAACAGCCGUACGGUGGUGGAUGGGGCUCUUGGGGCUACGACCAGAAUGGAGGCAACUAUGGCGGCUACAACUACAACCAGUAUGAUUACACACAGAAUCCUGCACAGGAAAAUGAAGCUGUUGAAGAGGAUGGUCUGGAAGAUCCUAACCCAGAGCUGGAUGUGUUGGAAGCCAACAGGAAGUUUAUGGAACACAGUGAGGAACUGUAUGAUGCCCUUAUCCAGUGCCACUGGCAACCCUUGGAAUCCUCGGAACAAGCAUUUGGAACCACGAGUAGCCUUCCAGAACCUGUCUACUGUUGAGGCAUACAAUGGAAUGGCAAUAUCCUCUUUUGCCAUGUUCUUUGGCCUUUCAUAUUAUAUUCUGUAAAUGUUUGAUCAUGGAAAGGCUAAAGACAUAUCCCCAGUCCUUGGCCAGAACUGGCAUUUGCUUACAAGACAUAAUUUUUUUGGUUAAUUGACAAAUGUUUUAUUUUGUGCAUCUUUAUAAAAGUCCUGCUGUGCCUAA